UGUCACCAUAUACUCGGUCGGUCGGUGGGGAUUUGACGAUGGAUCGACAUCGGCAUACGACUAGAGUGCAAGUGUUCGCGGGGUCGAGAGCGACAAAGAUGAUGUCGUGGGAGGCUCUGUUGGAUACGGGAAGUCCGGCAUCGUUUGUACAAGAAAGGUGGCGUUCAGGCGGUUGUGGCAGCGAGUGCCUCCGCACAUUCGAGACGUCCAUUUCGACUUCAAUGCCAAACUGUGGGAGCCGGAAGACAUUGACAAACUAGGGACGGGGCGGAACACGUGCGCGACCUGGAAAGGUUUUUCGAGCGUAUGGUCAAGUUCAACCUGAAAUUGGCACCCAAGAAGACGAACCUGGGGGUGAAGGUCNUUCCGUGUUAUGAGGGUGCGAUCUCGGGAGAGCGGCCGUUUCGGUUAACCGCUGAUGCGUCAAUUUCGGGCUUGGCAGCCGUAAUUGAGCAAGAGCAACGAGAUGGGAGUAUUAGACCGCUAUGCUUUUUGAGCAGAUCAACAGUCCCGAAUGAAACCAGAUGGAGUCCGACUGAGCUUGAAGCGGGUGCGAUAGUGUGGGCGAUUAAGAAGAAUCGAACACUAUUUUAUGGCAUCCCCUUUGAAGUGUACAGUGACCAUCAACCCUUGCGAAAUUUGGGGAGUUUGGCAGAGAAAAACAAUCGCGUACAGAGGUGGUAUGACUGCCUGUCAGCGUGCACGAAUAAACUGAAGUAUCGACCAGGGCGAGACAAUGCAAAUGCCGAUUUGAUGUCACGGUUGCCAUUGCCUGCGACGAAAGAGGAUGAGGCACCAGAUGCCAGGCUGACUGAUCCGUCUGAUCUUGAUGUUUAUAUGAUAGGUGCGAGCGGGGUGCUACCUUCGCGAUUGGGUCCGGUGUAUACCGAGCGAGAGGCGCUCGCUGGGUCGAACCAUCGCGAUGAUGUCGUGGUGGGGGAAAGUGGCUGUACACCGGCAAGCCUCACUACGGAUGAACUAGCAGACAAGACGUGGGCGCUGAUCCAAAGGGGGAAGGGCGUGUCCAACCCUUUGCCUGAUGUGGUCAGUUUGAGCCAGGGCUGA